UUUCCCCUCGCAUGCAACCCUUUACGCUGAGCAGCUUGUCGUCAACACUUCAAUUCCGGGAACUCUCACAGCCAUCAUGUCCGCUACUAAGGAUAAGUCCAAGGUCCACAAGCUUUCCUUGAAAGGAUCGGCGAAGCUGGUGGCCGAAUUCUUUGAAUACUCCAUCAACUCGAUUCUCUUCCAGAGAGGAGUCUACCCUCCAGAGGAUUUCACGACUGUCAAGAAAUAUGGUCUCAACAUGCUGGUUACCGCCGACGACCAGGUCAAAGCUUACAUCAAGAAGAUAAUGUCGCAAUUGAACAAAUGGAUGACGGGUGGCAAGAUCUCUAAGCUUGUUAUUGUCAUCACGGACAAGGAAACUGGUGAACACGUGGAAAGAUGGCAGUUUGAUGUGCAAAUCUUCGGAAAGCAUUCCAAGAGCCAAUCAUCCCGCACUACUGGCGACAAGGAGAACGCAGCUCCUGGUGAUAAGGAUCCCCAAGCCGCUGCCACCGUCGAGAAAACAGAGAAGGAAAUCCAAGACGAGAUCCAGGCUAUCUUCCGCCAGAUCACCGCAUCAGUCACAUUCCUGCCCGUCCUGGAUGGCGACUGCACAUUCAACGUUCUGGUAUACGCCGAUGCCGACUCCGAGGUCCCCGUAGAAUGGGGCGACAGCGACGCCAAAGAAAUCAAGAAUGCAGAGAAGGUGCAGCUCCGGAGCUUCAGCACCAACAACCACCGCGUAGAGACACUCGUCAGCUAUCGUCUUGCCGACUAGUCACUGCUCCGCAUCAUCAGGUGUUUAAACGGAGGCGUUACGGAAGAGAGGGCGGGAUCUGUAUUCGGGAGCAUUUCGGGCAUCUUUUCAUCACUGUGUAUUCUACAUCUAUUUUCUCACAACCAGCAUGAUUGCUAUCUACCAAUGACUAACGAAUCUAU